AUGGAUCGGCAAGCCGGUCGAUCGUCGUUGCGUUGGAGGCUUUGUGAAGUUCUCCCCUCUCUUUCCCCUUUCUCCCUUCCCUUCCUCUUCUCGUUCCUGUUGCUCGGUUGUUGACUACGCUUCAGCCACUUCUCCUUUUAUUCCUAAGCCGUGUGUUGGAUUCCGUCGAAUACAUCGUUCGUUGGCGUUGGUCAAGAUCUACGGCAUGGAUCGGGAAGAAAGGUCGCUCGUUUUUUUGGUCAAUAUCCUCGCGUCAAGGCGAGGCUUGUUUCGUUGUAUUGGAUCGUUUUCGCUCGGCCCCGACGGCUCAACAGCCAGCACUCGAGACUCAGCCAAGGGAGGACAUCAGGCGCUGUCGGGGUGACGAGUAGCUGGGGCUUGGCUGCGGCCUGUCAGUCCCUGGGGACCUCUAGCUCUGGCUUCGACCCCCUCCCUUGGCCCCUCGGGUGUGUUCCCCUCCUCCUCCCCUCCUCUCUGUCUUAGUAUUCCUGGUUCUCCGUGUUUCCAGUCGUGAAUUUUUGUAUAUUCUCCCCUUUUCUUUCUCUAGGCGCUCUUGCCUGGUUUUCGAGUAUCUUCGCUCCCGCUCUUGGGACGUGAAGCGGCAGCAGUACUCACCGCCCGUUGGAGUCCGCGUUAGGUGCUCGGCGGGUUUUGAUCUGCGCAGCGCUCUUUGCGCGCAGGGGUUUGACUUUCACCCAAUUGCUUGCCGUCGUUGUUUUAUAACCUCUUUUAGCUCUUUUUGUAGCGGUCCCAGCCAACCCGAAGGAUUGCAAUUUAUGAGCCCCAGUAAAAUAAAAUAAAAAAUUCUACAAAAAAAAAAAAAAAGGUUUUACCAACACGCUUGGGCUCAAGGGACCACCGCAGCCAGACGAUCUCAGGAGCUUCUGGAAAGCGGUCAACUCGAAGGCACUGACAGCGAGGGAGAGGGAAGUUUAGUUCAAGCUGAUUCUCCGCUUCACCCCGACGCGCAAGCUCCAGCACGAUCAAAAGCACGACACUUCUCCUGCGUGCCUCGUCUGCGAAGCGCCGGUGGACAACACCGAUCACUACUUCUUCGGCUGCGUCGACUCGCGAAGCGUCUGGACCGCGGCAAGGGGCGUGCUCUGCGACGCGCUCGGAUGACACGAUCGAGGACGCCGAAUACACGACACUGCAACGACUCUUUGGCCUCCCCAAGCUCAAGGCCAAGCUCAGCGAACAGGAAGGCGCGGGCAGGACGAUCGAGAUCUUCACGGGGAUGGUUUUGGAGAUGAUCAGCAGUGGGAGAUGGAGGAUGCAGAAGCUCGGGACGAGGAUGGAAAGCUUGCAGAGGAGGAGGGUGGUACUGGAGGAGAGGAUGAAGUUGAGGGCGGGAGGAGCAAGAGGCGGGCGAGGGCAGUAG